GGUGAUCAGUGACGUAGCUUUUGUUGCAUGCGCCUCGAUGAGCUCAGACAAGCUUUUUCUUCAGGCCUGCUAUCUCGCUGAAUGCCUCUAAUCAUCUGGAAUUGAACGGGAUUACGCAGAUCCUGGUGCCACACCAUUCGGAAUUUGAAGGCUACCCUCGAAUACAAGAUGGGCACCAGUACUACCCAUGUCCGCUAUCCGUUUGUCAGCAGUGACUACGUCAUUAAAACAAAUCGAAAACAUCCAGAUUGCUCAAACCCCUAACCCGCAGACACUUUUGGGCUUUCACCGAGCUUCAUGAUUCCAGAAGGAGUGCGUCCAAUGCAAAUGUGUCGUCGGCACAAAGAGCGCCUCUGGAGUGGUCUCCUUGCUCGCCAUUGGUUGCAAGUUGUUCAAUAGCGCAGCGACGGCGUCGUAAAUCUCCCCUGCGAUUCACCGUCCCUCUCGAUGUGACAGCCUCCUACCUGUGUCUGUGCGGUUUUCAGCCAAAAAUCUCGCAAUCAUUGACAGACUACGGCCGCGGUGUUUAUCCAAACUGGGUUCUCGAGCCGAACACAAGGGGUACAAAGCCCGGCGUCCCUCCCACGGGGGUGGCUUUUGUUCCAGCUGUCCGAUGGCAGCCAAAUGAAUGUUUAAGUUGGACAUUCGUGUUCAAGCGGCCUGCCAAGUGUGAGUCAUCAUCGCUGACAACCCAGCCCAGUUAUUGUUCCGUUCAAAUCUGAUGAUACCUCCUGGGGAGAUUAGUGAAGUAUCCCCAAAGACAUUCCUCGCGACACUUUUGCUACGCAGAGCUGCCGAGAGAGCUGACGUCAUCACCUGCAGUUGAGCGGCAAACGGAAUGAGGAUCAACAGUACUGAACAAGAAGACGAGGCCCGAUCCAGAAGGGGCGAGCAGUCCCCACAUCCCCCGCGACAGAACGGCGUCGCCGGCCAAGAAACUGACCACUCCGACCAAAGCUGACGUGAUCCGAAGAACGCCUGGCUCGCCGGCAUCGCCUGCCCCGCGGCCCAAAAGAGACACCAUGAAGUCAGAGGAGAGGCAGCAACUGGCUAAGGAGAGGCGAGAGGAAAAAGCCAAAUAUCUCGAAGAGCUGAGCAAGUUACAAGCUGCCAAGAAGAGCCAGUGGCUGGAGAAGGAGGAGAGGGCACAGCAGCUGAGGGAGCAGCAGCUGGAGGAACGACGCAGGAGGCUGGAGGAGCAACGCGUCCUGGCGGAGAAACGCCGGGCCGCCCUUGAGGAGCGACAAAAGCAGAAGCUGGAGAAGAACAAGGAACGCUACGAGGCAGCCAUCCACCGUUCCGCCAAGAAGACGUGGGCCGAAAUCCGCCAACAGAGGUGGUCCUGGGCUGGCAACCAGAACGCCAACCAGAAAGAGAGCAGAUGCUCUCUCUCCACCGUCAACCUGCCCAAACACGUGGACUCGGCCCUAAACAAGCGUCUCUCCAAGUCCUCUGCCACGCUGUGGAACUCCCCCAGCAGAACCCGUAACGUUGCCCUGAGCCCGUGGGAGAGCAGCAUCGUGGACCGCCUGAUGACGCCCACCUUGUCUUUCCUGGCUCGGAGCCGCAGCGCCGCCAGCGUGCUCCCGAACGGAAAAGACGGACAGUCCCCGCUGUGCCCCCGCUCGUCGUCCGCCAGCCCCUUGACGCUGUGCGCCCACCAGCGCUGCUCCGAGCGCUGGAGGGUGACGUCCAGCACGCCCGACAUCACCCAACGCCAGCACAGACGGAGCUCCACACCUAUGGACAGAACCAAAAAGGAGAAGAAAGAUAAGGAGCGGGAGAACGAGAAAGAGAAAAAUGCCCUGACAAAGGAGAAGUUCCUCAAGAAGAGGCAAUCGCUUCCCAGCAUGAGACACAGAGCAGACCCGAGUCCGAGUCCGCUGUCGAGACCGCGGCCGUCAUCGCCCGCCAUGCCCAAAGGCAGGACCGCCUCGCCAAGUCCCGCCGCCUCCCCGAGGCCCCCCUCCACACGCAGCAGCCCGUCGACCCCCAAGGGACGGCCCAGGAGGGCGAGGACCCCCGCCAAGGUGGACCAUCGCACCUCUUCCCCCGUCCAGCUGGAGCGAGUGAGGGAACAUCGCAGGCCAAGCACCCCGGAGAACCACAGUCGGCGUUCUCCUGUGAUUCCUGCCGUCAGAAACUCAAUGGCUUCCAGCAAAUCUGCCUCGCCGUCACCCGAGCCAUAUAUCAAGGACGUUCCCUCGGCGGCGCCGUCCCCCAAGCCCAUGGCGGGCACCAACAACCCAGAGGAGGCGGCCCGCAUCCUGGCAGAGAAACGGCGGCAGGCUCGCGAGCAACGCGAGAGGGAGGAGGAGGAUCGCCGAGAGCAGGAGGAGAAGGAAAGGGUUCUGAGAGAGGAGCGCCUGGCCAGGGAGGAGGAGGACAGGCGUCGGCGAGAGGAGGAGGCGCGAGCCAUGGCCGAGGAGCAGCAGAGGAGGGAUGAGGAGCAGCGGACGAGGGAGGAGGAGGAGGCCAGGGAGCGAGCCGUGGCCGAGCAGGAGGAGAACGUUCGGCUACAAAAGCAGAAAGAGGAAGCCGAGGCAAAAGCUCGCGAGGAGGCGGAGAAGCAGCGUCUGGAGAGGGAGAAGCACUUCCAGAAGGAGGAGCAGGAGAGGCUGGAGAGGAAAAAGCGUCUGGAGGAGAUUAUGAAGAGGACGCGUAAAUCGGAUGCAAGCGACAAGAAGGAGACUAAAUGCGCAUUGCCAGAGCCGCAUCCAGAGAGUGCAAAUGAGGUCAAAGAAUGCGAGCUCAACAUGGACAACAACAACAAGACGGAACAUGGACACAGCAGACAAAACCCCCCGGGCCAAACUCAGCUCAACGGGCUCCAGUCCAGCAGACGCGAGCGCAACGGCUUAUCGGCCAAAGUGGACGCAGCGGCGGCACACUUGGUGGAGGAUAUCAUCAUCAACGCCGCCAACGGCGCGCGGGGGCGCUCCGAGGCUGACGGCCACGACAUCCUGGCCUACGACGGCGAUGCCGCCGCCGCCUUUGUGAAGAAAGCGGCGCCGCUGAAAGCGCAGCACGUGGCAGAAGUGCUGUGAUCCGGCAGUUGCCGGCAGUGUCCAGCCCCUUUCACACAACCUGUGAAGAAAAAUAACAAAAACAAAACAUUAUUUUCCGCCUUUGGCGCUGAAGUCGGCGUGUGCACCUUCAUCCUGCGGACACGCUACACAUCACUAGCUUGUGUUGAACUGGAGGGGAAUAUUUUUGGGUGUGUAAAUAAAUGAGGGAAGCAAACAAGCCCACUAUUCAAAUACUCAUUCGAUGCAAUCAUAAUAAUAAUAAUAAUAACGUUAGCGCACAGCUUCAACAAAAUUGAAGUCACGCAUCUAUAAAGGGCAAAUCCGUAUAAAUACAGAUAUAUUCUGCUAUUUAAAAGCUAAAAGAUGUUGUUUUUUUUGUUUUGUUAGUUUUAAAUAAUGACAAACGUGCAUGACUCAAGUGUUCACUCAUGUGCUUUUCCGGACUGAUUUGUGUGAGCGCGCCGAUGCGCUCGGAAUAUAUUUGGACGCGCUGUCAGCUCCAUGAGGAGUCGUUUAACACGUCUUAUUAAAGACAAAACUCAACUGUC